CCAAAGUUGCUGGGGAUUUUUGUCCCUGUAAAUUGUUCUGUUAAACCCUAGUAGGGUUUAAGAAGAUUGAUUGCUGAAGUUAAGCGCCCCAAAAAAAUCGCUUACCAAAACUCUCUCAUACGUUUAUAAAGUCAGGUAUUCUCCUAUUUUUGAAGUUACUAUGAUAAACUUCUUGAAAACCCAAUUUUUAUCACUUGAUAAUGGUGGAUUUUCUGUACAAUUCAACCGCUGAAGAGGUUGAAGAUGAUAAAAAAAAUCAACCUUUGUCAGACCCUUUAAGCCUACUAUCUAUCCCUGAUUUUGACGAAUUUUCUUUGUCUUUUGCUGAUUCUCUUCUUGAUUUUGAUUCCCUCAGUGAUUUGAUGUCGGAUAGUCCUAUGGCUGAUAGAAAUCAAGAAUCUCUUGAGCUUGAUUCUGUAGAAGUUGAGUUCAGGAGUAAUGAUGAAGUUUCUGAGAAAAAUGAAAUUCAAAUGGAGGACCCUUUGAGUUGUUUGAAUCAAGAAGAGAGUCAAAUUGGUGUUUCUGAGAAAUGUGAUAUUCAAACUGAGGACCCUUUGGGUUGUUUGAAUCAAGAAAAGUAUGUUUCUGAGAAAUGUGAUAUUCAAACUGAGGACCCUUUGAGUUGUUUGAAUCAAGAAAAGUGUGUUUCUGAGAAAUGUGAUAUUCAAACUGAGGACCCUUUGAGUUUGAAUCAAGAACAGAGUCAAAUUGGGGUUUCUGAGAAUGGGAUGAAAGUUGAGGACUUUGAUUGUAUAGUUGAGGAGAAGAUGGGUAGAGUUAGUAUAAGUGGGACAGAGGAUGAAAGAGUGGUUGAUCAAGCUGAUGUUAGUGGCAGUGUGGUGGCGGCGGCGGCGGCGGCGGUGAUUAGCAAGAAUGAGGAGAAUGAUAAUAAAGUUGUCAUCAGUAGUAAGGCUGAGGAAAGAAUUGUGAAUGAUACGGGUGUUAAUGGAAAUGGAAGUACAGUGAGUAAUAGUGAUACGGAGUCUGAAAGUGAAAGUGAAGCCUCUUCCUCGGCCUCUAGUAGUGACAGCGAUGAAGACGAGAGUAGUUCAAAUGAUGAAGCAGAAGAGGAGGUGGAUAUGGAAGAAGGCGAGAUUGUAGCAUCUGAUGUCGAUGAGAUGGUUGGUUGGGAUGACGACGACGAGGACACUGGUGUUAAGGGACCUAUCAGGUCUAGGAAUGAGGUUCAGGUUCUACCCCCAGUUCCGGAAGUGACUGCAACCUUGCAACCACAUCACCAGAUGCAGCCUGUAGGAGUUGUGACAUCGACUAUUGGGGCCCAAGUUGUAGUAGAAGGAGUGGAGAAGCAUACUCCUCUUUGUGAUGGUUCUAUUCUCUGGAUAACAGAAAACAGAUCUCCACUCGGUAUAGUAGAUGAGAUUUUUGGGCCUGUCAAGAACCCGUACUACAUUGUAAGAUACAAUUCUGACAACGAAGUUCCCCCUGGAAUCCACCCAGGCACCUUGAUCUCUUUCGUCCCUGAAUUUUCAAGUCAUAUCUUAAAUGACAACAGUCUUUACAAGAAAGGGUAUGAUGCAUCUGGUGAAAAUGAUGAAGAGGCGUCUGAGGAUGAAUUUUCAGAUGAUGAGAAGGAAGCUGAACACAGGAGAAUGCUAAAAAUGAAAAAGAGGGGCAUCACAAAUGACCAGAAACCAGGAAACAAGAAGAAGGACAAAAGGAAUCUUAAAAAUCGAUCACAGAACUGGAAACAUGAUCAAGGUGUGGCAACAGAUGUGCAACAUGAAAAUGGUAAGCCAUCAGUUGACCAAAGUCCACGCUUUAUCCCAGCUGCUGCUGCUCCUGUGGAUCAAGGCAUUCAUCAAAGCACCCCUCGUCAAGGACAUGGACAGAGUAUCAGGCCUCCAUCAAUUCCUCCAUUCCCUCAUAUGCAAAAUUCCCCUGGCUUAGCAUCACAGUCAACUGGAGUUUGGCACAAUGGAUUCCCAUAUCAACAGCCCCAGAAUAUGGGAUUUCCUAACACACUGCCGAAUAUGGGUAUGUCAUGGCCCCAACAAGGUCAUCCACAGCAAAUGUUUCAAAUGCCUUUGCCAAAUGCAUUACCUUUUGAGCAGCAAAUAAAUCCAACUCUUCCGCCUAGCUUUGUGUUCCCAGGUGGACUACCAAAUUUUGGUGCAGGGCCAUCAUUUGGACCUUGGCCUGCCUUUGGACAAAAUGUUUUUAAUCAAUCACCUAUGGCGAUGGGCUUACCAGGCCAAUUUACUCCUGCACCCAUGAAUUUGGGAGGUCAGGUACCAGCGAAUGGACCACAAUCAGGACAGAACAAUAAUUCACAACCAAAUGCUGUGGUUCCUGGGUAUCUUAAUGGCUCUCCAAACUUCAAUCAAGGACAAUCACCUUCGCCAAUGGGCUUACCAGGCCAAUUUACUCCUUCACCCAUGAAUUUGGGAGGUCAGGUACCAGAGAAUGGUCCAAAAUCAGGACAGAACAAUAUUAAUGUCUCUCCAAACUUCAAUCGAGGCGCUCAUUCUGGUGGUGGUCGGAGAGGAAAUCACAGGGGUGGUGGCCGUUUUGGUGGUAGGAGAGGUAGGUCACAACGUAACUGAAGUUGUGGAAGCCUUUACUUUGUAACUUCCAUUAUAAAGGUAGUAUAGUAGUUUUAUUGUUUUACUUUUCCCUUCUCCUUUAGGGGGUCAAGUGUGUGUAGGACUAUCCACCUUAUGUAAUGAAUUUUGUCCCAAAUUCGAAAUGUUUGUUUUCCACCAGUCCUCUCCUUGCUCGAAAAUGCACAACGAUACACAAAAGCAUUGGCCUUACACAUCUGCUCUCAGUUUUUGCCUUGAAUGAUCUUAGAGUGUGAUGGGAUCAGGUACUCAUAUGCAAAGAACCAGCCUUUGGAUUCUUCCAUUUUCGGUUUUCCACCAAGCACUUGGUAACUUUCUUUUUGGAGCUCGAUUAAUUCAGAUUUGUACUGGGAAGUCCCACUUUGGAGAGUAAAGUACUUUCUAUUAGGACUCCCUAGUCCAGUACUAAUAUCAUGUCUCUGUGUAGUUGUACCAUAUAUAAA